CAUUGCAAUAAUAAAAAUUAUCAGUUUCCGCAUGAAACCGUUGAGCAGCGACUUUCCCAUGGUUCUGAUUUAGUUCUAGUUGGCGUGACGAUGGGACCGGAUCCUGAACGUAACACAUUUUUUUCGUCGUGCAUUCCCAAACAAAGUGAAGUUCUCCUUUGAAAUUGCAUGCUAUAUUUUUCGGUGGGCCCUGUUUUAAACCAUACACUACUGUCAGAAAUUAAUCUCCCGUCACAUUGGGGUGAAUAAAAUACCGGUGCCGGAUCGUGAUCACCACGCGGGCAAGCAAUGGGAAGACCACAGCCGAGUGAUGAAAGCAGGUGUUGUUUGCCGUUUGAGAAAUGACCUCGCGCGAUAGCAGAAUGAUUCAUUGACUUUCAACAGGUUUAAAUGGUUUGCGGCUUGCAAUCUUUCCGUGUGGGUGGAUACGUGUUGGUGUUCGUAUGUGUGGGUGUUUAAGCAAGAGUGUGGUGCGAGAGUGCUUUUGGUGAGAUUUUAAAAUUGUUUCAAAGAUAAAUGAUAUUAAUAAUGCGUUGCAUUGUUGCCCAGCAAAGGUGUUAAUAAUUCAAAAGUUAUGGUGCUUUUGUGGCUGAAUUAAACAUUUGCACCGUAAGAGUUUUUGGCGGUACGCAAUCGCGACGAGAGAUCAUGCUUUUGUGUGUGCUCUGGAUGUAGGUGGCUGCUGAAUUAUUAAGAUCAAUGAUGCUGGCUAGGUCUGCACAAACGAUCCACUUAAAGAUUAUCUGAUGUGUGUCAAGCAAAUUUGCAUCAUCAACAGAACAGUGAAAAAGGGAAUAGAAGUUAGUGAACAUGUUUGAUGUGCUUAAUUAUGCGAUAUUAUCAGAAUAAUUAAGGAUAUAAUUAACUCAAAAGGAUAAUCCCGAAAGGAGCGUCAACAAAAAAGUUCAACUUCAACGCCGUGGAAGCUGAUUCAAUCAACUGGUAGAAGAGCUGCGACAAUUGUCACCAGGAAAGAAAAUUCAAACUGGAGAUCAUAAAAAAAGGAAAACCGUGCACUGAAAAGUUGUCCACCGACAGUCAGGCAGCCGAGAUCGUUAAAGAGAAAUAAUAGUACCCCGAUAGAAGGACAGUGAGUUCAGUGUUGAAGAAGAACAAGAAGAACCAGAAAAAAUCAAGUGAAAAUAUUUAUAUGAUUUUAAUGAGAAUCAAGAUAAGAAAUAAUAGUUGGGAAAUAAUAAAUAAAGGCAAACAUUAGCUAUCGAAGUCUCACGUUCCCCUACUGUUGUUGCUGCUAGUGAGCCCAGUGAUUCUGGCGUGAAGUGACUGUGAGUGGUGUAUCAAGAAUGGUCGCACAUUUGCGCCGCUAGUGAGUCAAAGUAAAAGACAGUCGCCUCCGAGCGGCAACCGUGAAGGAGGAAGAAACAGAAAGAAAAAAAACGACUAGGUGGUUAUUUUCGGUGCAUCCAUCGAGAACAGGGACAGUGCCGGGAGGUGCGCCACUUACGCGUUCAAUUGGCCGCCCGAGUAGAGCGAGUGUUUGCAUUGUCACCUGCUGCCUCCGUCUACCAGCCGCCUCCACCUGGCUGCUGGGGUGAUGCCGGCGAAACCGGGAACACUCCACCGUUCACCGAAACGGGAGACCGCGCGCAAAUUGCUGAAAUGAAAUAUAUUUCGCGAAAAUUGAAAUUUAUUUAGAUAGAUAAAAAGAAGUGCGACCGAGAAAAAUAGAAAAUUAUUUAUAAAUAAUAGCAGCGUGAAAAUAGCAGGCAGGCAGCAACAGCAGGUAAACCCACAGGAAAGUUGUGUUGUGUUUUGAAUAAAAGAAAAAAAGACGGAAAAGAGAAGAUAGUGGAACCUAAAUCUAUCAGUUUUGUCAGGUUAGAGCUCCUCACUUCCGCACGCGUCAGUCCGAGGCCGCUAUAAUCAAUAAUAAAAUACCGUUUUGCGUCCAAGCGGCCAAUCGCACCCCGUAAAGAUAAAUAGAAAAGUGCACCCAACUGGCAGAUAAUUGUGCACUCUCCCGAACCAGCAAAGUGGCAAUCGAGAACGAGUUUUCUAAUCGUCCAUUGUUUGCGAUUGUUUGUGUUUGUGAUAAAAAAAGAUUUGCAUCGUGGCAAAAAAAUACUAGUCAAUCAGUGCAAGUGAAGAAAAUCCAAUCAAUCCGGUGCAGCAGCAGCAGCAGUUCUCGCCUUUCCCUUGCGUCGAAAAGAAUAUUUGUUUUCGUGUGUUUAUUUAUUUUUAUUUCCACCCCCCUGAACGAUUCUUGUUGCUGGAAAAGCAGCAGCGAGUCCAUAAAAAGCCGUCAAGCUGGCCGCCUCAAUAGCAAUGAACCCGCACUAUCAUCCGUAUUCGGAUCUGGGCUCGUCGCCCCACUCGCCCAGUCCGGACAACAACAACUACCCGCAGCUGACGCCCCACCACAACGGGCAUGGUGGCGGCGCCGGCAAUCCAAUGGGGGUCAGUCAAAUGGACAGCCAAGCGGGUUUUCACGGUAUGAACAACGGCAAGGGACCGGUGCACUGCGCGGGAUGUGGAGUCAAAAUCACGGAACGAUUCUUCCUCAACGCUCUCGACCGGUUUUGGCACAAUUCCUGUCUCAAAUGCUCCUGCUGUGGUGCCAUGCUAGCGGACAUCGGUUCGAGUUGUUACACCCGCAGCGGAAUGAUCCUGUGUAAAGCGGAUUAUUUAAGAUUAUUUGGCUCCGGAGCCUGCUCAGCCUGCCAUCAGACGAUACCCGCCAACGAGUUUGUGAUGCGUACCACCUCGCACACCACGAUAAACAACAACCUGAAUAAUGCCAACAACCAGAACGGGGCGGGGAACAACAACAACAACAAUGGCCAGGGAGCACCCCAGUUGCACGUGUUUCACCUCAAGUGUUUCCAGUGCUCCAAGUGCGGCUGCCGGUUGGUGCAAGGUGACCGAUACUACAUGCUCGGUGGCAGUUUAGUCUGCGAGCAGGACUGGCACAAGUUGGUCAAGAGUUCGAACGCACAGGCGAAUCCACCACUGCGCAAGGGCAAGGUCGGGCGACCGAGACGAUCGCGAGACUGAGAUGGCC